AUGAAAGUUGUUCAAGCACUCAAAUCCACCAAGUUUCCCUUCGCUUCAUUUACUAACAGAGAUGUUAAGUCUGAUUUUCAUCUCUUGAAACCUCACUUUGAAAACUUAGUCCCAGAUGAGUACUUAUAGAAAAGAUUAAAAUUGCCAACCAAUAAAAUUAUGAGAAAGAGAAGAAUGAUGAAUUAUCAUAUAGAAUUUGAUAAAGAUGGAAACAUUACUAGAUUCCAUGAGGAAUACCGUCUUGAUAAUUAUGAUGAAACUAAGUGCUUACAACAUGCAAAUGUUUAUGAGGAAUUAACGAAGGAGAUGAAAUAAGAUCAAAUAUAUAAAGAUUUUCUCUAUAACACUCUUCAAAUCACUUGGCAACUAAAAUAGUUUCAAAAAGCAUAAAUCUCAGUUCAUGCUGUUAGAACUAUAUCCUACGUUGAUUAACCUGCUUCCACUACACCAGAAGGUCCAAAUAGAGAUGGGAAUGAUUUAGAAAUUAUUGGUGUAAUCAAUAAAGUCAAUUGUUAAGGAGCAGAAAGUUAGAUUUACAGUUCUGAUAAAUCAAAAUUAUUGUUUGAAAUGAGCCUAGAACCAGGAGAAGGUUAUAUAAUUGAUGAUAAAUCUUUGUGGAACUAUGCAACAUCACACAAACCUAUUGAUGAAUCUCAACAUGGCAUAAGGGACAUUUUAGGUUUUGUGCUCAAAAUUGAUCAUUGA